CAAGAAUGAAUAAUAAUAAAUACUGAAGAAACGCGUGCCGGGGAACAAUUAUCGGAACGGCGAGAUUAGUGGCCGCAAUUGGUUUAGGUUUUUUUCCAGAAAGUGCACUCUGUUCGUACGAUAACGAGACUGAUGGCUACCAUGGAUAUGAACGAGUUGGACUUCUUGGAGUUGGAUGAAGUUGCAUCGGAAAAGAGUGGAGGACGAAUUCUUUUUGCUACUGAUGAUUGGUUUGCUGCUGCUGAGAAUCUUUUAAAGGAUUGCGAGCCAGAAUGGAAAGAGAACGUAUUUACAGACUUUGGUAAGUGGAUGGACGGAUGGGAAACUCGAAGAAAAAGAUGUGCAGGUCAUGACUGGGCCAUUAUAGCACUGCACCAGCCCUCAAUCAUUCGAGGGUUUUGUGUAGACACUGCGUAUUUCACCGGAAAUUACGCACCCAGAAUCUCUAUUCAAGCAGCACGGCUGAGUGAUGAUGAUGUCAAAUUAUUCCCCAAACGGUGCCGUAAACUGGGAAGCGCUGCUACUGCCCAAGAAUCACAAGAAGUUUCACGUUUGAAGACUGAGGAUUGGGAGACCAUUGUGCCAAUGACAGAACUGGGUUCCGGAUACCCUGAGACACGGCACAACUACAUUGCCUCGUCAUCAACAUCGGCUUGGACCCAUCUCCGACUGAACCUUUUUCCUGAUGGUGGAGUAGCAAGGUUGAGGGUAUACGGCACCAUCUGUUCAAAUCCACUCAAUCCCGAUGCACUGACGGAUCUGGUGGCCCAAGAGAACGGAGGAAUCUGUGAGCACUAUAGUAAUGCUCACUAUGGUCAUCCCAGAAAUAUAAUUAGACCCGGGAGAGGUAUAAAUAUGGCCGAUGGUUGGGAGACGGCAAGACGACUUGAUAGACCGCCGAUUAUCGAAGUUGAUCGCUCUGGAAUUCUUCAGGUACCUGGAAAUGAGUGGGCUGUAUUCAAACUAGCGCACAUUGGUAUCAUAGACUCUAUAAUUAUCGACACGACACACUUCAAGGGCAACUUUCCAGAUAAUGCCAAAGUCGAAGGAACUCUUAUUAAUUCUGAUGAUGACAAGACUCAUAGCAGGUGGAAGACAAUUCUCUCAACAAAGAAGUUAUCAGCUCAUAAACCUCAUGUGUAUGCUUGCGAGGACUUGGAUUGGCAUGGCCCAGUGAGUCAUGUACGGCUAACAAUUGCUCCGGACGGUGGAAUUUCAAGGUUCCGUAUUUUUGGAUACGCUCACGCGUAGUUGCAAUGUACUUCAUUGUUGUCAUCCAAAUCUCUGCAUUUAUUAAUGAUUAUUACUGCUCACGCUGUAACAAUAAUUUGCAAUUGGCCUCUCACAAUUUCAUAUUCAUUAUUAUACGUAUAAUAAACCGGAAUAAAUCGAGAUUAAUUUCAGUA